AUGCCGCCCAGACAGCGCGCUCGUAAGAGCGAGCCUGAGAAACGGCCAAAAUCCGAAUCGCUCACCCCCGUUCCGAACACCCCGCCCGCAGUGACGGCUUCUCUGGCACCUACCCUCCCAUCGAUUCCGUCAGGGUCUCGCUCCCCUUCCGCCCCUUUGACACCCCCUCCGCCUACAUCAAUAGCGAGACCGCAAGAUGACCGCCUGGGCUCUGGUAUUCAGAAGCUUAGGUCUAUAUCGGGCCAGGCGGACACGUUCCGGAUAGCCGAAACGUGGAUUUCGAUCUUGUCUUCGGAACUAGGAGUCGAGGGUGUGUUGGCGCUGUACAGGGCCAGACUGGAGGAGAUUGGGGAAGACGAGGCGGAGAGGAGUCGACUGGGAGAGGGGUUUGUGGAGGUUGUAGAGGUACUGGAGGAGGAGAGGGAGGAUAAGGCCGAGGCGAGGGGUGGAGGGAAAGGGAAGGGUAAGGGCAAGGAGGGGACGAAUGGCGCUGGCUUGGACGGCGAUGCGAUUGAUGUAGAUGGGGAAGAGAGGGCUAUGGAGCCUGGGCCGAAGGGUAUGGCCGUGCUCAAAAAGCUACUUGAAUCGUCCUCCAUCUCCCCGCUCAUCCCCACCCUAAUCAUCUCCACGGACCGCCUAGUCGCCCUCGACCUCCAUCCCUUCCCACACGACCCCGCGAUCCUCCAACGCAGCCUUGUCAAGCGCAAUACAGCCUUAUUCUUCCGACAACAAAAGUAUAAUCUCCUCCGCGAGUCCUCCGAGGGAUUCUCGGGCCUCGUCGUCCUCCUCACUUCCGCGGACGCAAUGUACACCCCACCUCGCAAUACCGCCGAAGCGGCACCAGACCGUAAAGCUCGCGCGCAGAGGGUAUGGAGCAAGAUCAUGGGAUUGAUUGGAUACUUUAAUCUCUCACCCCCGAGGGUGCUGGACCUGAUUUUGGAGGUGGCGAGCUGUCACGUCGCGGCGCAUUGGCGGUUCUGGCUGGAUCUGCUCAGGUGCUCGCCCUGGGGAACUCAUGCGGAUACGGGCGACGUCAAGGGGAAAGGGAAGGAGAGGGCGGUGGAUUGGCAGAUUGACGAGAUGGCCGCGAUUGAGGGAUGUAUGGCUGGUGAGGGAGAUAGGGUAUUGGCGCAGGUGCUAGGUGUCAAGUUCGGCUUCUGCCAGCGACCAGACGUUGGCGCGAACGAGACCCAAAUCGGGCUCGUCUACUUCGCGGCACUACUGCUCAAGCAUGGCUUUGUCAGCUUGACCGACCUCCUCCCAUUCCUCUCCCCCGACGACGCCGAAAUGGCUUCUAUCCAGCAAAAACACGCCUCAUCCAGCUCCUCCCGCUCUGGUCCCCUUAACGCCUUAGCCAGCUCUGUCCUGCUAGACGACGACGCUCCCGCGGUCGACUCCUCUACCGGCCAAAGCGCCGAAACCGCCACUCGCCCUCCUCCCGAACAGCGGAUCCAGCUCGUUCAGGCUCUACUUGCCGUCGGACACAUGCCGGCCGCUCUGUACUUUCUCGGCCGCUUCCCUUGGCUCGCGCAGUACUCGCCGACGAUCGCGGACCUCGUCAUGCGCAUUGUCGAAGUCGGGAUCGAAGGCCUCUAUGCCAGGUUUUCGGAUACAUGGCGCGAUAGCGGUGAUCUGGAUCUGGACUUUGAGGCGCCGGCUCCAACGUACAAGGCGCCGAACAGGGAGGUAGUGCCGUCGAUACUGGUUCCUCUGCCGCCAGAUACGCCGAGUACGAGCUUUACCUUCUUUUGUCCGGAUUGGGCAGAGGGUGUGGAGAGGUGGACGAGCAUCGAGGAGAUCAGGACAAAGGGCAUGAGGUGGUUGAGCCUUGUCAGGGGACUAGGGGGACGCCGGGUCGAGACGGUGGUCAAGAUCUGUCGAAUCGGGGCGGUUUACUUUGAGGGGCUGCAGAAGGACAAGGCGGCCGCUCUGGGGCUGCGCGGGACUGAGCGUACCCGAGCACAAAACAAGGAGCUUCUACCAACCGAAGCAGAACUGCAGCCCUGGCUCGAGCUCCUUCGUAUAUCUAUCCUCCCCUGUCUGUCCGCCUCCACCUUCACCGCCGCGUUCGAUAUCGAGAUCUGGCGACUCCUCCGCUUCUUCCCCUACGCGGUCCGCUACGGCCUUUACGGCGAAUGGCGGGACUCCACCUGUCGUGCAAACGGACGCAACCCGUGUCCUAUCGCCGUACAGUGCGCGGCCGAGAGCACGCGCGAUGUCAAAAAGGCAUUGUCGAGGGUCACAGCGGCCCAGUCGGGCCCUGCGAGCGGAGCGGCGGGUAUACCGGAUCGAGGACCGGCACGCGCGCUUGCCAAGCUCAGCCAUUCGAAUCCGUGUGCCUUGUGGGCGACGGCGGUGACGCAGGUCAAGUCGUAUUCGAAUAUUGGGCAGUUCAUUGUCGAGGCCGGAAGGUACAUGUCUCAGUUGAGCAUGGACGUGGCGAUGUUCACGCUGGUGGAUACGUUAUCGGACGAUACGGCUUCGAGGUUGAAUCCGCAGGGAACGGGCGUGGCCGCUUGGCUUGAGAACCUCGCCACCUUUGUCGGCGACUUCAACCGCCGAUAUUGGCAGAUGGACCUCGAGCCCGUUCUCCAAUUCAUCGUCAACCGCCUUAUGCGCGGACAAUCCGCCGACCUCACCAUCCUCCAGUCCCUCAUCAGCAUCAUGUCUGGCGAGUCCAAGAUCGACAACGACGCCAUUUCGAACGACCAGCUCCGGGCCUACGGAUCCGGCCGGGAAAUGAUCCGCGAAGCGUUCAACUCGACCGUGAUUGCUAUUCCCCGGCCGAUGACCCCUGGUGAUCCCGCUGCACAAGGGGCGCAGGCCGCACCGGUAGACAAAGCCAAACCGACCAAGAAGAGCUUGGCACGUCUCAUUAGUGGGCUGAGAGAUACGGGGCUGGAUAUGCCUAUUUGGAUCGCGUUGGCGCAGACGAGGCAGGGGGCGGUGGAUAAGAUGGUGGGCGCGCCAAUCAAGGCCAUGUCUUCCAUGCAGGACAAUUGCCACGACAUCUUCAUCCAGUAUGGCGAUCUCCUAUCGGAACAGCUCCUCUCGUCGGAACAUAUCGAACGGACCCCGGACCUCCAGUCUCUCGUUUCGGAAUACGGUCUCGACUUUGCUCAGGCCUUCCAGAUCCUCCGCCCCAAGCUCGACGCGCAGAUGGAGAAGGCACGGUCUGCCGAAAAGGCGAGCAUGAAUGCCAAACUCGACGCGGCCAAGCUGGCCAUUGGGGGCGCGAGAGCGAGUCUGAGUCCCGGUCAGCCAACGACCCCACUGGGAAGUCCGAGGAUCGAGGGGAUGCAGAUUGAUGCGGAAGAUGGCGAGGGGAGCGAGUUUGGGAGCGAGCCGGCGACGCCGAGCUCGGCUGUCAUGCCGAGUAUACCUUUACCGCAGAAAGGGGCACGGAAGCGGUGGUGGCCGUCUGCGUUGACUUCGACGAUGCACCAGGCGAAUACCCUUCUCCCGAUCGAAGUAAAAGGGAUCAUGAGCGCCCCCUUCUUUGUCAUCUUUUGGCAACUCUCCAUGCCGGACAUCUCUUUCGCCUCUGACGCUUACGACCGCGCCAUCCACAAGAUCACUUCGCUCGAGAAGGAGGUCGGGGGUUGGCGAUCUGGAACCACGGCUGUUGCUGCUAGUCAUCGAGAGGAGCGUGCUCGGCUCAAGGCUCGUCUGGAGGCCUUGACGGAGGAGCGGGAUGCGCACAAUAAUUUGGUCAAUACGAUCAAUAAACGGCGCUUCAAGUUGGAGAGUGCGAGGUGGUUUGGAUCGAGCAUCACACAGAAGAAUCUCAAAACUCGGCUCAGUGUUCAACUGCACCAACACUGCUUCUACCCCCGCGCGAUCCUCACUCCUUCGGACGCGGUAUUUGUCCCGAAGCUCAUACGGAUGAUGCACGAUCUGGCAACACCGGGCUUCGUCACUCUGUUUGCAUACAGCAAUUUCUUCAGCCCGGGUCUCGCGGCCUGUAUCUUCUCCUGUACCGAGAAUGAAGCGCGGAACUUUGGCCGAUGCCUCGGUGCGAUUAUGUCCGAUCUGGACGCUUGGCACGCCGACGAGGACCGAUAUCGCCGCGAAGCGAUCGGACGCCCUGAUGGCGCUGCGGAUGAUGAUUCAAAGUGUCUCCCCGGGAUGCUCGUAAAGGGGAAGAACCAAGAGCACGAGCGGCCGAUGACUUGGUCGACGUUCCGGAACUUUUAUGCUGCGCGAUUCCACACACCCAUGCUCGAGGCCCUCACUUCGUGCUGGGCAGAAACGGACUUUAUGCACGUCAAGAACGCAAUCACGGUUGCGCUGCAGGUACUCAAGUCGUUCCCUAUCAUCACCGCACAUGGGGAGGCGGUCGAGGCGGCGAUGGAGGCGUUGAUUCAGCGAGGGAAGGACGGGGAAUUGACGCCGGAUGUGCUGCAUCAGUGUCAGGCGUAUCUGCGACAGCUCAAGUUGAGGCAGAAUACAAAGCCAUACGUGCCUCCGCCUAAGUUCUACCCGUCCGCCGCAGAGGCUCCAGUUACGGUCACGACACCCACUGGUACGCCCAAAGACCUCCCGCCCGUCUCUGCACCCACGCCGGCGACGGCCUUAUCGAGCGACCGUGACCCGGAAGCCCUCAAGGCCAAAUUGCGCGAGCAAAAGGCGCUCAAGAAUGCCGCCACUUCUGGUAUCCCAGCGAAACCCCCACCGCCAGAGCGGCUCCGUUCUAUCUCGGGCUCGACUGCCGACGCACUCCCCGCUAAUGUCUCUCCGACCGGCGGCCUCGGUAUCCGUGGUUCCGCAGCGGAUUCCAAGCCAGCGUCCAAAGCAGAAAGCACUACCCCCGCCAAGCCCGCACCCACCGGUCCCGCAAAACCGUCAAAUGGCCUUUCGUCCCUCCCCCCACGGCCUGGCUCGAUCCUACCUACAGCUGCUCCCGCUGCUGCAAGCUCUAUGGGUCCACCUCGCCCGCUCACAAGCGACGAGGAGCGUGCCGCCAACCGAGCCAAGAAGUUCGGUACUACUUCUCGCGGAGGCACACCAGGUCCAGCUUCGACUCCGCCUACCACCGAAUCAUCCCGGCCUGCUUCGCCGGCUGUGUCUUCAUCUCGUCGGAGAUCGCCUUCGCCCGCCCCGAGCCGACACAGACAUCGUAGUCGGAGUGUGGAGUCGAGGAUGAGUGAUCGGUCUCGCCGGGAUAGAGGUGACGGGCGGGAUAGGGAUGAUCGAGAUGGGCGAGAUUCGAGGCAUCGAGAUCGGAGUGAUAGAGAGCGGAGCGACAGGGAUAGAGACAGGGAUAGAGAGCGAGAGUCGGGUCGGGAUUCCGACGACGAGGAGCGAGACAAGAAGAAGCAGGAGGAGAUCCUCCAAAGUCGACAUGAUCGUCUUUCGGCUACGAGUGAUCGGGAUAGGGAUCGGAGGGGAGGGAGGGAGAGUGAUCGGGAUCGAGAGCGGGACGAGAAGAGCUCGAGAGAUAGGGAUGGUGGGAGGGACCGUGACACCAAGGAGGCGGAGCGGGACCGGGAUAGGAAAGAGAGCGCCGAGGUGGCCGGCUCGAAACGCAAGCGAGAGGAGGAGCCGCCGAGACGGAUCGAUCCCGUCGUGUCUGGUCGCCGCGAGCGGUCCGAUACGCUCGACAAGGAUAAGGACAAGGACGGCAAGGAUGCGAGGCGGAAGGACGAUCAUCGUGAUCGCGGCCAUGAUCGGCGGGAUGACCGGCGUGGUGGGAGCGGAGGAGACGAGCGGAGGGCGGAGAGCGAUAAGCGGGAGGAAGACCGACAGAGACGGCGUGGCUCAGAGAGGGAGAAGGGGAGGGAUGACCGCGGGACCCGUUCUCCUCCACCUCGCGAGAUGCAGCGGGACCUACCUCCACACGCCUCCAUGCGCGAUCUCCCGCCUCGUCCCCGCGAUUCCAGCACGAACGGCGGUAGAGCAGUCACGCCCGACCGACCUACCAAGCGAUACAGCCCCUCGAGGUCUCUCGAUCCCAUCCCGGAUCCGACAGGAGGCCGCACGCCAAAGAAGGCAACGGCCGACUCGCCGAAGCGGAAUGGCAAGGUGGAGCUGAUCCCGACUGGACCUUCAUCUGGUUCGGUCAUGGAGAGUGCUCGGAUUGUUGAGGCGCCCAAAUCCACUCGGCCGGAGGUAUGUCUGAUCUUAAUACUCUGCAUAUGA